AUGGACAUUUUGGGAGUUUCUGGGGAUGAAGAAUGGGAUUAUUUGAGCUUAUUCCCAUCCACUGGGGAGCUCAUUGAUUUCACACCAUAUGUUCCGGGCCAGUACCCAUUUUCGCAUGAGCAGGAUACUGAGUACAAUUUACAAAUCCCACCCUUUUCCAUAGAUCCUGAACUCAAUACCAACUUUGCAGGAAUGAGUGGAAACUCGCAUUACCCUCUAGUUCUCAACCCAGAUUCACAUACCGCUUCUCAAGAGAGCAGCUACUUGACAGGCAAGAGUAGCUGUUUUGUUGUGUCUAGCUUGGAGUGUGAAGACAGAAUCGGCUCCAAUAACCCCAUGCAAUUAGCUAAUGAAAUCUCUUCCUACUAUGAUGCUCUCUAUAAGGAUGGUAACAAUAGCAACUUCUCUGUCUCGGAGUUGAGUGGCCCUCUGAUGGAAGAAGGUACGUGUGUUAAGGAAAUGCAUAGUGAAAGAAGAGGAUGCUUGGGUAAUAAUCAGACAGAAGAUGUUAGCAUGCCUCUUAUGCGAUUGCAGCUUGAAAGGAGGUCUUCUAGAUUAGACAACAUUGACGUUGGAGCAGGACAUUCUACUUGCAUCGAUGUGUCAGAGAACAUGAAGAAGAGACCUCGCACUGCAAGAGAUCUGAGAAAGAAAAAUAACAGUCCAAGGAAUGCGAAGAAGCUCCUGUCUGACGACAGCGAUGGAGAUGAAAGUAAUGUUAGACCCAAUAGGUCUAGAGGUUGUGAUGAGGAGGACGGUAAUUCUGGAGAGCUCAGUGGAGAAGUAACUCCACCAUUCAAGGCAUCAACAACACUUACUGAAGAUGGGAGCAUGGGGAAGAUCAAAGCUACUAAGGGUUCAGCAACUGAUUCUCAAAGCCUCUAUGCAAGGAGGCGUAGAGCGAGAAUUAACGAACGAUUGAGGAUUCUUCAAAACCUUGUUCCUAAUGGAUCCAAGGUCGACAUUAGCACAAUGCUUGAGGAGGCAGUUCACUAUGUGAAAUUUUUGCAACUUCAGAUUAAGCUCUUGAGCUCAGAUGAGCUGUGGAUGUACGCUCCUCUUGCUUAUAACGGAAUGGAUGUCAAUUUGAGCCAUAUUACUUUUCCUCAACUAUGA